UUAAGCAGGCCGCGAAAUUUAAAGUGUCUGACAAUGACCAGUAAAUGGUCGGAUAUAUUGCAGCAAAAAAUCACGGAUCUUGUCUUGCUGAAGAAUCGUCAGCUGAGGAGCUUCUCCAAACUACUGCUGGACGUAAACUAUAUUCGCUUUGCCAAGCUUGCAGAAGAGACCGAACUCUUUCUAGAGGAACUUAUCCGUCGGUUGGAAGAAACCCCCUUCGAAGGUGAGUCUGUGCUCCUAUUUCCGGUACGAAGUGUUAAUACUCUGUGUCGGUCAAAGGAGCGUUGUAUCAAGAAACUGGAAGCUUUCGAACGAAUUUGCUGGAGCUGCGAAGACAUUCAUUUUGAACAAAUAUUUCUCCAGCGGAUUACAAGCGCUGAGACCUUUCUGCGUAGAUCGUUUCAAACAUUCGUCAGCGAGGUCGAAGAUCUCAUCCAGCAGCUAUCGGAAAUAAAUCGUGUGGCAGAUUUCCAAUCCCUUCUACGUCAAACCAAGUUUCUUUAUCGGAUUGUCACCAACAAUCACGCCAACGUAAGAAAUAUCCUUACCUCGGUAUCACUGAAAAGAUUUUCGGCACUCAGCACAGCCAAUCUUAAGCUAGAAGCAUUACGUCUUUUCCAAAACUUACUGCAUCGUUAUCUGCAGCUUCUAGACGACAUGGAGUCUGCGAAUUCCUCCUCGCUAGAAUCGAUACGAGACAAGCUGAACCUGGAAAUCACCAGAUCCCGUUCGGAAAUGGUGAUCCGGGAGACAGAAGUAGCAGAGCUACGCCAAGAAAUGUUUCCAACGUCGGAGAUCAGUUUGAAGGUGCAACGAGAUGCUGCGAUCGAUCAGAUGGAACUAAAGGAAUUGGACCUGGAAGUUCAAAUCAGAACCAUCGACGGGCUGCAGACAAACAUACAAGGAUUGGAGUAUCAGGUGGCAAAAUUGAUCGAGGAACGUCAACGGGCCCAGGAGCAGUUGGCUACCGAACGUCAGGUUCUCCGGGAAGGUAUUCGUGAAGUGGUUCGACUAGAACGACUGAUAGAGAAGAUCGAGAAGGAAAUAUCCGAUCGAUUGCAUGAGUUUCAAGAGAAGCUGGAAGCUUUGGAGAAAAAGCGACUGGCAAUUUUGGAGGAUGAUACGCUAACCGAAGAGGAACGAGCACGAUUGCUAGCAGAGUUAGAACAAGAGGUUGAUAUCAUCCGAGAAAAGUUCGAGGUCGAUCAACAGUUGUUGACUGAAAAAUGUCAGGAAUUGAAAAAGCAAUCGAAGAGUGUCACCGAGGAUUUGGAUGCCUUCAAGGAUGAGUUACUUAAAAAGCACCUGGACGAGAUAAGGGAGCUGGAAGAAAUGAAGAAAAAUACGACUCCUUCAGAGCUCCUGCUGAUCAACGCGAAAAUUGCGGCGCUACAGCAAGAGUUUGACGAAAAUUUGGAAAUGCUAGAAAGAGCAAAGGCUAGGGUGCAAUAUUUUGAGGAUGAAUUCGGUAGAUACUAUAUCAACGCAGCAGGGCAAAAGGUGUACAAACGAGACUCCGGAGCUUCGGAGUAUAUUCUUACCGAAGAUGGCCAAUGGGAGAAGAUACAGGAGGGUGUGGAUUUAUUGCAAGACGAAAAAGGAGAAUUUUAUGUCGACAACUUUGGAAACAAAAUAUACACAAAAAAAUUCUUUGAAGAUGAGUUUGGAAAAUACUACAUCGACAGUGCUGGUAGAAGAAAAUACCUGGAAGAGCAAACGAGUGGGUCAAUGUCGGUGUUACAAUUGCCCGAACAGACGGGUGAGGCAAAAACUGUUGAAGAAAGUGCUGAAGAGGCAACACCUACCACAUCUGACAUGAAUAUUUCAGCUGAAGUCAGAGAGCAGAGGGCCUCCAAUAUCAAAUAUAUUCAGGAUAUAGUUGGUGUUCCACUCCGAAAGGGACUGGCACUCGCCUUUCUGUAUCAACCUUCGGAUCCGAUUGAGUUUCUUGCUAAAUUUUUGAAAAAAUAUCAUCACGAUCAAACAAGGGAACAAGAAAGAAAUCGUGUCAUGGAAAUGGUGGCGAAUGUAAAGUUUGAAACUAAUGAAGCAGCUAAACAGGAUAGAAAGGAGGAUAUUUGUCAAUGAAUGACUGUUUUCAAUUCAAAUGGUAAACGAUAUAAGUUGGACAUCUUCACCAAAUCGUUUGAUUAUCCAUCUAAUAUGCUUCUAAUCGUUCAACCAAUAACUAUACUACUCGAACCGGGACACAAUCGAUUUUCUUCUUCUGGUGUUAAACACAACCGUUAUGUAGCUCACAGUACACAACUACUAUCCCGAUUUCCAUGGAACCCGGUUACGGACCGGACACAACAAACCCGUUGCUAUCGUAGUUCAAUGCAUUAAUAAUAGACAGAACUGAUCCCUUUUUUAUCAGCAAAAGUUUGCCCCAUUCGAACGAAAAGCCCCCUCUAACCACAUUCAAAUGCCUUUGGCCUGGAUUCUACCCCACUGGUACCCAUGUGGUAUUGUGAGCCGAAAUUCACAGAGUGAAUAUUUGAAACACAAUCCAAAGAUACUAAAUGGAAUCGACAGAACAUCGCUCAUCGCUCUUCACUCCACUUACCAGCGGGUUUCAAUUGAAAUAAAACACACAAAGGUACU